GCUACCGAUUAGAGUUUCGUUUUUUUUCUGGUUCAAUUUUUCAGUUCGCUGAUUUCAGAAACUGUAUUUGUUUGGUUAUCAUUCAGGAACUAACUGUUCUUUCCUUGUUGUUACUGGUAGUGAAAAAUGUCUUGUCAAUCUAGGAUUAUUUUUCGAUUCCUUCCUUACUUCUUCCAUGUACGUGAAGGAAAUAAUAAACUUUAUUUUACUUUUGAAAAAUGCAUGGAACAUAGAGCAAAAUGCUCUUCCUAGAUAAAAAUAAUCAAAAUGAAAUUUUUUACAUCAAUGUUGUGAUUCAUCUGCAUUAUCUGAAAGCAUAAUGAAGAAAAGUAAGCUUUUCUCUAUAGCAUGCUGUUUUAGCAUGUGUGUUUUAGCAAUCCAAAUAUUGAUUUUACGAAGACUUCUUCAAAAGGAAGUGAAGGAAAAAAAAGUUGAUUUUGCUCAUGUGUUCAUAUCAAAAGUGUUGAAUCUGUCCUUUAAGCACAGUGUGCCAUUGUUUCUAACUGAUCCUAAACUCUUCAAACGAAUUCAAAAUGGUAGUGAAGAAGAGCUCAAAAGUUGUCAUUUUCUUUGUCCUUCCCAGAAAGUUCUUCAUCUAGCCACUAUUGGUCCUUUGUCUACACAGAUGCAGAAAAUGGCAUUUAUGGAAGCUAUAGAAGGGGAAGGAUUCAAAACAAGGCAGUUUUCUGGUUCCGAUCCAGUCCUUUUACAACAUGGCCUGAAUUCUCCUAUUCCUCUUCAUUAUAUAAUUUCUGAUGAGUUUACUACUAUUCACAUUUCUGUUUUCUAUGAAAGACCUGCAAAAUUCUGGUGGGCUGGCGGAUAUUAUCCUAAUGAUAAAGAAUUACACGAUUUGUAUGAGCUUGGAAUAAGAAAUGAGGAUUUUCAAAUGAUCAGUAAACCUGCUGCAUUUGACAAAGUUGAAAUUCAUUCAGCUGCUAUUGGUAAGGUGAAAAUCUUUGUUCCUGUGCAGCAAGAAAUAUUUUUGAAUUAUCCAGAAAACACACAUUUUAUUGAAUGUAACUACACUCAAGCUAGACAUUUCCAUGAAAGAUUUGGAAGGGAUGAGAGUGAUGAAGCUGAAGUAUUUCGCUCUAAGGCUUUCAAGAUGUUAUCCAAGGCCAAGAUAUUAUUAGAUCAUUUGAAAGUUCCCUUCUGGUUGAGCAGUGGAACAUGUCUAGGUUUUUACAGAGAAUGUGGUUUUAUUUCAUACAGUAAAGAUGUAGAUAUUGGAAUUUGGAUCAAAGAUUAUAAACCUGAAAUAAUAUCAGCUUUCUCAACUCAUGACUUACCCUUAACUCAUUCAUUUGGUAAAGUUGAAGAUAGCUUUGAACUGUCGUUUAGAGAUAAUGAUUUGAAGUUAGACAUAUUUUUCUUUUAUGAAGAAGAAACUUAUGUGUGGAAUGGUGGAACUCAGGCCAGAACUGGAAAAAAAUUUAAGUAUGUGUUUCCAAAAUUUCAGUUAUGUUGGACUGAAUUUUUAGAGAUGAAAGUCAGAGUACCUUGUCAGACUGAAGAGUAUAUAAAGGCAAAUUAUGGUCCAAAAUGGUUUGAACCAGUUAAGGUCUGGGAUUGGAAAAGUAGUCCUCCAAAUGUUUUAGAAAAUGGACAGUGGCCUUUUGAAGAAUGGCCUGAAGUUAUACAGUUACUUCCUUUACCUGAACAAAAUUAAAUGACCAGUUUUUAGUAUUUUAACCCUUUAAAGGGCCAUUUUUUUCUAGUCAUAUUAUGUUAAAAUAUUUUUAGGCUUGAAAUUAGAAUAAGAAAAGGAAUUAAUUUAGCUUAUUAGAUAAAUUUAAUUUGAUUAAUUAAUUAAUUUGGUUAAUUAAUAAUUAAGUAACAAAUCAAGACACAUCAUUUUGUCUGAGAUAAAGAACUGAAGCAUCUAAGUGUCUGACUUACUAAAAAAAAUUGUCAGAACUUAUGCCAACCUACAUAAUUUCAUACAAAGAUUGAUAAAUUUGGUGGGAAGCAUACUUCCCACAGCCCUAGAAAGGGUUAAAAUGGAGGUAUUAUAACAGAGAAUAUCAUUAUUUCGUUUAGAAGUUCUAAGUCAAAUAAUGUUCUAAAGUCUUGAUCUAUAUUGUUGAUGUUUUUGCUACUGUGGCAAAAUGCCAUGUAUCUAGUUUCUGUCUUUAAUUUUGAAUUCAUGAAACAUGAAUUUUGUCCUAAUUCAUGUUUAGGAGAAAUCUUGAGAUUUUUUAACUUUUGUGAAUUCUUAUUACAUGGUUUCAAAAAUGAAAUGAGUUAUACUUUAAAAAUUCAAUUUUGAAAAUUUAACAAACCUUUUUAUCAGCAGGUUGUUGUAUUUUCUUUUAAAUAUAUACUGUUUUGAUAUGUUAGAAUAAUUUCAUCUGCAUAAAAAAUAUUGUAGUAUAAUCUUUUUUCACUUCACUGAUAAAUAAUACUGAUAACUUU